AUGGGGCGACGAGAGCUAUCUCGUGCCAGAUGCGGUAUACCCUUGAUGCUGUUGCUUGGAGCUGGGCUUGAGAACUAUGUGGGCAGUCGUCUGUGGGGACAGCGAGGCUUCUCACGGGCUGCUGUAGCAGAAAACGUGAUUCAAACUGACUUGGAACACGUGCUUCCGGUGGGCCCUGCUUGUCCGCUGCGCUCUGCGACCAUGGUCCGGGGGAACUUUGAGAAAGAGAUGGCCACGGUCAUGAUGAUCGCUGCUGACAAAGCAGGUGACUUUGCCACUCUCGCCCAACAGAUCGCAGCAGGAGUGCGGCCUGAUCCACGACAACAAAGAAAGGUGGGAAACGAUCUGAAGCUACAGGGAGAGCGGCUGAAGACACUCCUGGACAACAUGGAGACAUCGGCUGACUUCCAGGUGCUGGAGGCCUACUUUGUCAUGGAGUUGCAGGCCCAAGAACGGGGGGCCCCUGGAGCACGUACGGUGGAGAAGAUGACAAGUUGGCAGGGCGCAGGCAUCUUAGCAGAGGCCGAUGGGAUGAUGGUACCGCCGCCCCCGGAAGGUGUGGAUCCCGUGGCGUUGUCGAGAUCAGCGCCCGCCGGUCCCGGCAUGGUGAGGCGGACGGACGCAACCAAGUCAAGAGACGCCUUUCACAUGCAGCGCUGGUGGGAUGUCAUGAGCGAAGCCAGGAAGUUCGGAAUCAAACCGGUUCGCGCCUUCGAGGCUUACUCGCAGGAAUACCUGAGCCAAUCGGGGCUUACUCCCCGAGGCUAUCGAGACUUGGUGGAUGGUGUGCAUGCAUACCUGCGGCAGAAGGCCCGCUGUCUGGAGAAACAUCCACUCGCCUGGGAGCCGGCUCUCAUCACGCUGUCAGGAACCAUGGCUGCAGACAUGGCGCAAGUGUUCGCCGUGCCGGCAGAGGCGGAGCACCGGCAAGCGGCCACGCCUGCCACGCCUGCAGCUGGUGAGGCAUCCUCGAAUGCCUGCUUCCGGCUCGCCGGGCUCAGUGCCGGUGCUGCAGCCGUACUAGUUGCCAGUCGCAGACAGAGGAUCUCGACUCGAGCCAGGACGGUGCGAGAGGCCAAGGCGAGAAAAAUCUUGUACAGGGAGGACGGCCGCAAAAAUUUGAUGCGUGGCAUCGAGAAGCUCGCAGAGACAGUGGCAGUGACUCUCGGACCGAGAGGGCGGAACGUCCUCCUGGACAAGGGUGAGUUCUCUGCGCCGCAGAUCGUGAACGAUGGUGUUACCAUCGCCAAAGAAAUCGAGCUGGAGGAUCAGGUGGAAAACACCGGCGUCCAGCUGAUCAGGCAGGCAUCAGCGAAGACGAACGACGUGGCGGGAGAUGGUACCACGACCGCCACCAUCUUGGCUCAUGCCAUGGUGAAGAGUGGAAUGAAACAGCUUGUCGGGGGAGCCAACCCUGUUCAGAUCAAGUCCGGCAUGGAGAAGGCAUUUUCCACAACUCGACGUCAAGAGCCAGAGCCCAGCCGCACGAAAAAGGCUGCGGCGUACAUUGUUGGGCAGAUCGAAGACAUGGCGUGGGCCUUGGAUACCCUCAGAAG